AUGUUGCGCCAUUUCUUGCGGAUCGAAAUCGACAACGAUCUGCUUACGGCAAUGGCGGAACGAUGGCGUCCCGAAACCCAUACGUUCCACCUUCCGGAGGGGGAAAUGACGAUCACCCUCAAAGACGUGGCGAUCCUCACCGGGAUGCCUAUUUCUGGGGAUGCCGUCAUUGGUCCCCAGACCAAACCCGAAGGAGGUUGGGGGCCGCUCAUCCGUGAUCGUUUGGGCUUUGACAUGCCGACCACCACUCCAAUUCAAGGACGGGGGCAUCCACCGUUGAAUGCGGGCCAAGUGUCGGUCCCGUGGCUGGUGUCUCACAUCCAGCAAGAGGUUGUGAUCAAUGACGAGACACCGGAAGAACAAGUCGAGCGCUACGCCCGCAUCUACCUCAUCGGUUUGGUGGGUGGAUUUUUGUUCCCCGACAAGUCCAACCGGUGGAUUCAAGGCAUAUGGCACCCUCUGGAUCACGACACAUGGUUGUGCAAGGUGCCAUUAAUCUGCUGGCACAUGGUGGAAUGGCACCUUCCCGAUCGAUCCCUGAGGCAAUAUCGAAUGGAGCAACCAAUUCCACAAGACCCGCCAGCAGGUUUCAGGGAGCUACAUGCUAUCGACCUCCGACAUUCGUCAAAGAACUGGCAGCGAAAGCAUGGAUUCUACAUCAACAUCUGGGAGAAUCGACACCAAUGGGUGGUGCAAGGGAUGCCGGAGACGAGACCGAUGGGCUACCACGAUGGCCGCAGCUCCACCAACACCGACGCCGACGGUCAACAGAAUCCGAACGAGCAAGUGGACGUCCAUGUCUUGGAAGAUGAUUCAACAGCCGGUGAUCCUCCCGUGGAUGAAGCCGAAGCUCCUGCUGUCCGCUCCGGCUCUACUACCAAAAAACCUCUUAAACCGAAAAGAAAGGAGAUGAAGUCAAGAGCUGUAUGUUGGACUCAAUUUACAAAAUUCUUGGCCCCGGAUGGAUACAAAAUGUCAAGGUGUAUGAAGUGUGGGAAGGAGUAUGAGGCCGAUCCAUUUCUUAAUGGUACCAAUGCCAUGAAUGUUCAUAUGCGAAAGGGUUGUGGUGAAAAGAAAGAAUUGGACAAGUUGAUGAAUGCAAUCUCCAUAAGAGAUAAUCUUGUUUCAUCUACCUCGACUUCCAAUGUACCAAGUUCAAGUGGAAGGAGGAACGAUGGUAGUGCAUCUAGUAGUGCUUGUGGUGAAAAUUCCGAUGUUUCUAUGCACGAUUGA